AUGCCUACUCUACCAUCACAGCCUCUGCGCCCACCUGUCGGCAACACCCUUGAAUUUCGAAAACGACACAAUCGGCAACAACGUUUCAACAGACACAGUAAUCGUAAUCCUAUAGUUGAUUCGCCUCAGUAUCAAGCAUACCGAGCUCGGGCAAAUCGUGAUGGAAACAACUCCAGUGACUCGAAGUGGCCCGAGGUUCUUGAGAAUGCGUUUCUUGAUGCUCUCCUUGCCAUCCCUUAUAUGGGAAGACGAAAGUUUUCGUUCAAGGGUAAACCUCAUGGUCGGAAUGAGCUCAUCAGGGAAUACAUUUGGAUCGCAUACAAGAAUACACUAGCUCCUGGUCAGCGUCCAGAUCCUACGAUGAUGCGCAACCGAAAGCAGGUUUCUAGUCACAUUCAAGUUUUAAAAGGAUUUUUGAAUCCACACCCUGCACUAUUCCAGCGCCUCUUUCCACCGAAUAAGGGACCCAAGAAUGGUUUCGAGGAUUCAUUCAAGAAGGACCCUACACUUAUAGCACUUUCGCAAGGCCGACUACCCAGCAGACGUCACGAUCAUUAUGAUGGUCUCAAUCAAAUAAUACUCAGUAAUCAUCAUCCUAUGAAGCCUGCUGCAUUCUGGUUGCUCAUGACACCUUUUGCUCUACCAAAUGAGCGAAACGGAAUCAUGAAGACCGAACAAGAUCUUCGAAGAGACGGCCUAGUACUCCACAGGUACUCGGGUUUAUCAUCAUCAAAGCCACGCGGAAGUCUUGAAUCAAUAAUGCACUGGCGACAAAAGUUCCCUCACUUGGCACAAUUGCAUUCUGCCAACGAUUUGAAUUGUGAUAUCAUUCAUAUGGAUGUGUCGUUGGAUCUGAUGAAAACUCACGCUCCAGAUAACAGUGAGCUCCUCACUCGAUUGGAAAUGUCCAUACCAGGGCAAGAUUAUGCUGGUUUCAAAUGGCAAUCUGUAACGAGCUUAAUUAAACCCGCAGAGCUAUACGGUGAUCCUACCAGGGACCCGGUUCUAGAAGGCACGGCAUUACCGAUGACGGUCCUCGGGAUGACCGAAAGCGAAACUCGAAUUAAAGUCGCAAUACCUGCUGAGACUUGGGCGUACACAUUCACACAGCUUAUGAACCUUCAUUUUGAAAUCGAAAAGAAACGUCUUUCGCAGUCGUUCAGAGGGGAUGGUUUAGGUCGUCCCACAAACUCCGUUCGAGAGUAUGUUGACCGAAUCUCAAUGUAUCAAGAGCUACAAUCUUCGGCCGGUGAUAGAAUGCCAUUUAUCCGACGAGCCAUUCUCAUCUGGACAUUUCAUAAAGCUCGCAGUGGAGAAGGAAAUGAUACUACCUGGCGUUAUGUUGACCCAGCUCCUCGACGCCACAUGUGCAUGUCACCACCACCAUAUCUUCACAACCAUAACUUUCCUAACCUUGAACAUUACAAUUCCUGGCCGGAAUCACCUCUUCACCUCCAACAGCCCAAUAUUCUCGACUCUUUUGUGCAAAGCCUUGCUGCUCCUCCGCACACAGCUAGUCGGCAAUCUCCCUUUGAUACAACUGGUUAUACAUAUCCUUCUCAGCAUUUCGACAUGUCUAAUGAAAAUAUAAGUUUCGUGUCCCAUGCAACUGUGGACAGCGAAUCUACACUUGUAAAUGACAACGAUCCUACAAAUCAAAUCGAUAAUUUUUUGACUAAUUCAGCGGGAGUUAAUAUGGGAGCUUACGGGGAUGUGAGCGGUCAUUAUUAUGGUCAUUUACCGACCAAUACCGUUAAUGCCAACGAAUCAUUUGAUGCGGACCCAGCGUGGGCGAGUUAUUCCGUGCCAACUAGUACGUCGUGGGAGCACAGUGAGGAAACCAAAGGCUUAGCAUGGCCGGAUACAAGUACCCAGAUUGAACCUAUCCAUAAACAUUCCUGGUUGAACGAUGCACAAGAGCAGAAACAGACACAAGCGGAAUGGAAUGGAGAAGAUAUGGAUAUUAAUGGUGUUCAUUUUAAUGAAAGGGACAAUGUCACUGGUAAACAUGGAAAUGAACCUCCUUGGUCGGAUGUGGUGAUGGGUAGUAGUCCGAGUAAACAGAAUGAGAAUGGGUAUAUUGAGAAUAAUAUAGAGUCGAAAUUAUUACCUUGGAUUGAGCAGGCUACGGCGGAAGAAGAGGCACAAGCACAAGCUAGAAGGAAUGCUGUGGAUUAUGGGGAUGAUGUUGUGGGUGUAGGUGUUGGUGUGGGUGUGGGCGUACAGCUGGAAGGAAAUGUUGCAGAGGAUGUUAAUGAACAUGAUAACAUUACGAAAGACGAACACUUCGACCAUCACGAUCGCGAUUCACAUAAGCAAAAUCAUCAUCGAUCUCAUCAACACGAUUCAUUGGAACAAACAGAAUGGCCCCGCAACGACGAGAUUAAUGGCGUUGGAGUUGAAGUUGACGUCGCCCACUCUAACGGAUACGAUUUCGAACACCUAGAUGAAAGCAUCUCUGUGAAAUCUUGA